ACGCCAGGCAGCAGGCAGAGGCGGAUCUCUCCUGCCGUGUUCAGUCACGGUACAGACCUGUCAACAUCACGGUGGAAGUCGCUUAACCUCCACAAUCCUCGCUUGGUCGUUUUAUCAGCUGCUAUUGAGGCAUUUCAGAGAAAGAAAACCGUGACCGAAGAAGCGAGGAGCAGCGGAGGGAGGGGGGCGGUAGGACGGAGGAGAGACAGCCGGCUCUGCUGGACAUCCAGGCGGCCGCACUGCUGCCGCAAACCCCUGCUUUUACUGCACACACAUUUUACUCACUAAACUGACGAAAGCCUCGUAUAUACACCUGGAUGUUUAGCUUUCUUAUCGAGUGCACCACGGAAUGGGUGGAGGAGGACUGACACUUGGGGAGCCGUGAAGAAACACAAGAAAAGUAGCAUCUGUGGGGGGGAAAAGAAGAGCGUGCACCGUGCGUUUUAUAAAGCCAGGAGCCAAGGAGAGUGACAGCACCAGCACCAGCAAAAAUGUCUGUCCCUAACGUGCUGGCCAAGGCGCUGUACGACAAUGUGGCGGAGUCUCCGGACGAGCUGUCCUUCCGUAAGGGUGACAUCAUGACGGUGUUGGAGCGUGACACGCAGGGUUUGGAUGGCUGGUGGCUCUGCUCCCUCCAUGGCCGCCAAGGCAUCGUCCCCGGCAACCGUCUCAAGAUCCUGGUCGGCAUGUAUGACAGCAAGCAGCAGCCCACAGCUUCCACGCCAGAGCCAGCCACUUCCUGCCCCUCCACACAGGUGCAGCGACCCCUCCCUCCCCUGAGCGCCUACGCCAAACCAGCACCUGCGUCGUCAUCCGCCGCCAUCGCCACUUCCUCUUCCGGGUAUCCACUCAAGCCCCGUCCCUUAAAUCAGUAUACGUCUAUGCACUCGGCCUACUCCACCCCCUGCCCCGCACAGCCCAGCCCCGAGUCCGUCUACAUGAUGCCCCCCUCCCACGGCCCCAAACCAAGCCCACAAAGCGUGUACCAGGUCCCCUGCGGCCCAAGUGGACUCCCUCCAGGACCCCCCAGCAAGGCCCCGCUUCGGGCCCAGAGACAAUACCAACUGCCUGGGCAGGACAUCUACCAGGUUCCCCCCUCUGUGGGCCCUGCGCCAGGCCAGGGAGCAGCCCCGGCCGGGGGGACAGGAGCUGGGCAGGAUGUGUACCAGGUGCCCCCCUCCCUGGAGAAGAGAAACUGGGAGGGCAGCAACAAGCCACUGGGAAAGGUGGUCGUUCCUACUCGGGUUGGACAGGUGUAUGUGUAUGACUCAGUGAAAUCGGACCAGGACGAGUACGAUGUCCCACCCAGACAUCAGCCUCCGACCCAGCAUGACAUUUACGACGUACCACCCACCCGCCAGCAGUACAACACACAGGUUUAUGACACUCCUCCCAUGGUGAUGAAGGGGCCCUCUAGUGGUCAAGAUAUAUAUGACACCCCACCAAGCACAGACAAGAACUCACAGCAGACGGUCUAUGACUUUCCCCCGUCAGUCAGUAAAGACGUCCCUGAUGCUCAGCCAAUCAGAGAGGAGACCUACGACGUACCACCCCACUUUGCCAAACUCAAGCCAGUCCCCAUCCCUCCCGGCCAGUACAUGCACAACAACCUCAACGACGACGACGAGCCGCCGAUUCCAGAGGACGUGUACGACGUCCCGCCCCCCAUCCUGACUGACAAGCUUUAUCACGGAGACAGGGGCGGAGUCAGCCAGGCCUCGCAGGAGAUCUACGACAUCCCGGCCAGCCUACGGAGCGGUCACCCCACCCAGGACGUCUACGACUUUCCCCGGGAACGAGAAGAGAAAGGAGGAGAGAGGGACCAGUAUGUCUACGAUGUCCCACCACAGGUGGUGCGUGAUGCCCAGUCCACCAGUGAGGAGCUCACUUUGUCCUUCAAGCGGCUGUCUGCCUCGAGCACAGGAAGCACACGGAGCAACCACUCUGCUUCAUCCUUAGACAUGGUGCCUGUCCGGGACACCUCCUCUUCCUCCUCACUUCCUGCCCCUGGCUCCAUUCCAGGGAAACCCCUCAUGUUGGAGCUGGAGCAGGCCAUGGAGCGCCUGUCUCGCCUCCAGCAAGCUGUUGAGUCCAGCGUUUCCCUCAUGAUGUCGUUCAUCACAGGCAACUGGAGAAGCCCCGCUCACCUGGAAGGGAACCUCCCGGCCAUUCAUCAAGCUGCUGACCGAGUGCGCUCUACGGUCCGAGACUUCCUGGAAUUCGCCCGGGGCGCUGUGGCGAACUCUGCCCAGGCCACGGACCGCUCUCUGCAGGCCAAGCUGGGCCGUCAGGUGGGGAAGAUGGAGGAAGUCUUCCAGAGUUUGAUUCGCCACAGUCAAAGCCUCGACGCCGUUUCCUGGUCACACAGUGCACUUGCAGCACCGCCGCCAGGAGGGGACGACUUAGAUCGGCUAAUUAUGACGGCGCGAGGCAUCCCCGACGACGCCAAGCAGCUCGCCUCCUUUCUCCAUGGUAACGCCUCGCUGCUCUUCAAACGGACCAACCGACAGCAGCAGCAGCUGCCACUUCCUCCAAUCCCAGGAGAGAGCAGCGGUCACAUGACGGGAUCAGGAAGUGGGAGCUAUCAGGGAGGGGAGAGAGUGAACAUUCAGUCGCGGCCCCUCCCCUCUCCACCAAAGUUUACAGCUGCAGAGGAAGAGGAAGGUGUGGACAGGCCGUAUGAGACCACAGAGGAAGGCUGGAUGGAGGACUACGACUACGUACAUUUACAGGGAAAGGAAGAGUUUGAGAAGAACCAAAGACAGCUGCUGGAGAAAGGCAACAUCAACAGACACAAGACACAACUGGAACAGCAACAGAUUAAACAGUUUGAGCGGCUAGAACAGGAAGUCAGCCAGCCAAUCAACAACGACAUGACGGGCUGGGUCCCGCCCCCGCACCACCCUCUGGCCAACCAGCAGGCCCAGAACGGCUCUGGCGGCCCCUCCUCUUCCAAGCUGUGCCACGGCGACCGGCAGCUCCUCCUCUUCUACCAGGAGCAAUGCGAGCAGAACGUCACCACGGUGACCAACGCCAUCGACGCCUUCUUCACCGCCGUCAACUCCAACCAGCCACCUAAAAUCUUCGUGGCGCACAGCAAGUUUGUCAUACUCAGCGCGCACAAGCUGGUGUUCAUCGGUGACACGCUGUCUCGCCAGGCCAAGUCUCCUGAUGUGAGGGCCCGGGUGGCCCAGAGCAGCAACACCCUCUGUGAAAAACUCAAAGACAUCGUUAUCUGCACAAAGACAGCGGCGCUUCAGUAUCCUUCCCCCGGAGCAGCCAGAGAGAUGACUGAGAGGGUGAGGGAGCUGGCAGGCUGUACGCAGCAGUUCAGGAUGGUGCUGGGACAGCUGCUAGUGAUGUAGGGAGGGCCGAGGGGGGACGAGGAAAAAGAAACCAAACAGUGACACAGACUGAGUUGUCCCAGUAAAUCCUCCCAGUAACAAGGGAUGGACGCCCCUGCAGCACAGGGUAGGAGGACCUGGAGCCCUGUGGAGCACAGAGUCCUGCAGGAAACCCUGUACGCCCUUCCAGUUUGAGGUUGGAGACCCCACGUCCAUCCUCUGCGCCCUCCCUACCUCACCUUUCACUGGGACCAUCCUUCCCUCAUCCCUCCUUCCUCUGCGUGCUUCUUUUUAUUCUCGACAAACUAAAAAGGAACAUUUUAUCAUCAGUGGGCUGGGCCAAUGGUUGUAAAAUAAUCAUUGUAAAUAUUUAAGUUACAUAUUUAGUCAGAAAACCGGAAAUAAAAAAGACUAAUGAACUUCCAGUAUAUAAAUAUAAAUAUAUGGUUCUUUUUUUUUUUUUUGAAAAGAUGAAAACAUAAGUGUAGUUUUUAGACAAUAUCAAUAAUUGUUAUUAUUGCUAUACCGUAUAAUUCUGGCUCUGAUUCUUGAUCCUUGUAUCAUUAUUGUUAUGGAUGUGUAAAUUCCAGAUGAUCUGUAUGACUGUAUGUUGUAGUACAUCUAUGCUCUUCUCCAUCCCUGACAAUGGCACACUUUUCCUGAAAGCACUGAGCACACACCCGUCUUUAACCGUCACCUGAUGCAAACUGACAGCUGUACAUGUUGGAGCAGUAUGCCGCCACCUGCAGCUCAAUAAGUUGUCCACACUGAUUUCAAUCCACCAGAGCAGGAAACACACUGCUGCCAAGAGAUGUCCACACAACUGUACAGUUCCACUACUGCAGUUAUUAAAGAUGAUUUCAGUGCCCUCACACAUGCUUUUUUGGAAAACUAUAUGUAGGUUGUUUUGUAAGAGGCAUGUAUUAGAGAAAAGGAGUGUAAAAGGUUAAAAACUAGAAAUGAAAUUAAACCUGCUUUUCUUCUUUUCUCUGACACUUUGUUAUGGUGUUUUCCUUGAAAUAUAAAAAAAAUACCAUGAAAUGUAAAUGGUGUAAAAGAUUAUCUCAAGACAGCUAAAAUCCCAAAUCUUAAUGCUGAGUAGUCACUGUACAUCUUAGGAUGAAGAAAUAUAACUAAGCAGAGA